UGUGCCUCGCAGCGACCGGAAGUCACGGGGGUUGAGGGGGGAGGUCACGUGACGAGACUGGACCUUUAGGAAAAUCGUUCCGGUUGACGAUGGACUGCCCUGGGGAGGGAGUGGAGGCAGUUCCUGCAGUAGUCAAGGUGUGGGAUGGCGAAUACAGAGACCGGGACGAGUUGAAACGGCAGCUAGGGUUAGCGGACGUUAAUAAACAAUCGCAGGGAGAUGGCGCAGCCGCUACUAACACACAGUCUGACGCCGCGCACGCGCACACGGCCUACCCGAGUCUAAGCUUCCUCGGGGGGCGGGGCCUGACCGGAGAUUGGCAGUUCCCCGUCCAGCCCAGCGAUUUCCUCUUCCGGAGACAGGGGUCAUUCAAGGCGGCGGGAAAUAAUAGCGCGACUCUCUUCCCUCCUCCCCGGGUACGGGCAGUCCCGAGUCGGAGGUCAUGGCGACGUCGUGGAAGCCUGUUCUGCAGCCCUGGAUCCGGGAUCUGCUCCUCGGACUGGAGCCUGGACAGAGCUCGGGGCCAGAGGGAAAGGGAGAGGGACUCGGGCAGCUGCUGGAGGUGAUUGAGGAGGCCGCUCCGGGAGGGACCCUGGAGCUGCUGGGUGAGGCGGCCUCCGCCGUCCUGCUGGUGACGGACGGGACCCACAGUGUGCACUGCCUGGUGACCCCCGAGGCCCUGAGCAUGGCUGCCUGGGAAGAGAAGCACUUUGGUUUUAGGAGGGCCGUGGGCCGGCUGCUGCUGCUGCAGGACUUCCAGGUGUGCGUGCAGGAGGAGGGUGCCGAGGCUUCGCAGGGCAGUGGGGAGUUCUGCCUCUGGGUGCACCGCUUCAUCCUGCUGCCCACGGAGCUCCCCAGGGAGGGGGUGACGAGCUGUAACUGGGACCCAGCUGUUCGAAGAAAACUUAAGGAAUAUAGAAAGCACCAUGAAAGGGAGAGGACCUCCCCUCACAUAGAUCGAAGUUCUUCGUUGUCCCAGUUGCUGGAAGAGAUGUGUGAAGACCGAAGGAGCUUGCUAAGCUGUCAGGCCCAAAGCUGCCUGGAGCUGGGGGACUCCCAAGGGGGGUGUCUUCCCCUUACUCGAUGGGAAGCCUCUCGAAGGAAGGCCCGGGGAGAAGCUGUGUUCACUGUCUCAGGCCUGAAGCUGCAUAUUAGUGCAGAGGAGGAGGACACCCUUCAGAACCUGAGGGCAGUUUCUGAAAACAGCCCUGACUGUCAGAGUUUGGAGAGGACUCCACCGAACCCCUGGCAACUGCUCCCAGCCCUGUCCUUGACGCAAUCCUCUUCCUCCUCCUCUUCCUAUGUAGAGGCCCUGGACUGUUUGCCGUUCUCAGCGGAGGGAAGUCCAAGUCGGCCGAAGGAUAGCUUCAUCGCCAGUCAGGAACCCUCUGAGGGGUGCAGGGAGCCCAUCGACCUGUCCCCUCUGCUCUUUCAGGGCAGUGGGUCUCCUUGUAUCCAGACCACUUACUCCCAGGAUCCACCACUGGACCGGCUCUGUCCAGCUCUUCCUUCUUCAUCCCAGGCAGCAAGCAGUCUCUCCAGGGACGAGUGGGAAACCCCCAAGAUGGGUGGCUCCCACCAGCCCCUUGAAGUCCUGACGAGGGCCAGGGCCAGGGGAAAGGGAAGGGGGAGAAAGGACAGACCAGGAAGCUAUAAGCCCAGCCUGGAGUUUGUGAGCAAGAGAGUCAAAAGCAUCAUCUGGGAUGCGGAGAACAUUCCUUCAGACGACUCCAGCCUAGGAGGAGGCCCGGCCCCAGCCAGGGUCCCUCCAAAGACACAUCUGGAUGGCUCCCCGUUUCAGUACAAGUACCCGGAGUCCUGUGUCCAACUCUGUUCCCAGGUUUUAGCGACCAGACUCUGCCCAUCGCUCCUGGACUGGGCCAGACAGGUGCUGAUGGAGACCGACCUGGUGGAGGUGGGAGAGCUCUGACCUGCAGCAGAUGCUUGGCAUGCUGCCUUGGGGGCCAGGAUUAAUAAAAAGCAGAACUGCAG